AUGCCAUCCACGUCUAAUGUAGCCCCACGAAAGAUUGGCCAUGUCAAGUUUUUUAAUUCAGUCAAGGGUUACGGCUUCAUUAUCCCUGACGAUAGCACUGCGGAUCAACCUAUUGUUGAAGUGUUUGUACACCACACAGCAAUCAACGGCAAUGGAUUCAAAAGUCUGGCCGAGGUUGAGUAUGAUAUGAUUCAAGGCCCAAAAGGCAUGCAAGCUGCCAAUGUCUCUGGUCCAGGUGGUGUUCCUGUUCAAGGUGAUCCAAACGCUCGUCGACCUUACCAGAAUUAUCACCGGCGAUUCCAAAAUAAUCGUGGCUCAUCCGCAGCAGCCGUAGAUGGAAGACAAUAUGGUUACCCCACCAUGUAUGGAAUGAUGCCACCAGGAGGAGGAGCUGCUGCACCACCACCACCUUAUGGAUAUACAGCGUUUUAUGGUCCAUAUCCUGCUGCUGCUGCUGCUGCACCUCCACCACCUCCACCACAAGCAGCAGCCAUGAAUGGCCAAGAUAAUAAUGGACCCAAUUCACCCCCAGCAUUAUUCCGACAACAUGCACAUCAUCACCAUCCACAUCAUCAACAACAACCUAUGUUUGCAUAUUCCUAUCAGCCUGGCAUUUCUGGUGCUGCGGUAUCUGAUACAUCAGCUGUGUAUCCUCAUUCACCCCCUACACCCAUGGCUAUGUAUUAUCCUUAUCCACAACAACAGCCAUAUUUUAUUCCAUCCACAAUGCAGGGUUUCGUAUCGGCCUCAGCAUCGUCAACUUCAUCUUCCAAUCAAAGUGCAUCCAGCAUCUCAAACAACACAACACCAACAUGCGAACAUGGACCAUCAACCAACAACAAGCAAGCACAAGCACCAGCAGCCGUUCAUCAAAUGGCUGUAGCCGAAAUCCCCACUUGA